GCGGAGGCAGCGGGGCCGCCGCUGGAGCCGGGUUGGAUCCGUGAGCCCCAAGACUGGCAGUCGGCACCCAGGGGCUCACUUUGCCUGCAGUUGCAUAAGAGGGAGAUGGAGGAAGUCCAGCGCCUGUUUUGCUUGAGAUGAGCAUGCUGAGCUGGAGAAGGGUUAAGUGUUUGGGGCCGGCGAGACCCCCUCUUUCCCUCACAGCAGCUGCUAACUGAAGCCAGGCAGGCCCCAGCUCUCAGAUGAUUUCCCCAGCAUUCCCUUGGCUCCAGACACCAACAUGUGGCAGCACCUUGGGGUUUGAGGGACUGAAGCUGUUAUCGGAAAGAAGGCCAAGGCCUCUCCUGCCCUUAUCACCCCCAGCAGGGGACUUUGUGCAGCUGCCCGUGCCCGUGAUCCAGCAGCUCUACCACUGGGACUGUGGCUUGGCCUGCUCCAGGAUGGUGCUGCGGUACCUGGGCCGGCCGGACGACAGUGAGUUUGAGCACGCCCUGCGGGAGCUGCGGCUCACCCGGAGCAUCUGGACCAUCGACCUGGCCUACCUGAUGCGCCACUUUGGCGUCCGGCAUCGCUUCUGCACCCAGACCCUGGGCGUCGACAAGGGCUACCGCAACCAGUCCUUCUACAGGAAGCACUUUGACACGGAGGAGACCCGGGUGAACCAGCUGUUUGCACAAGCCAAAGCCUGCAAGGUGCUGGUGGAGAAAUGCGCGGUGAGCCUGCAGGACAUCCAGAAGCACCUGGCGCAGGGCCACGUGGCCAUCGUACUGGUGAACUCGGGGGUGCUGCUCUGUGACCUCUGCUCCAGCCCUGUCAAGUACUGCUGCUUCGCGCCCCGCGGCCACCGCUGUUUCUGUCGCAGCCCCGACUACCAGGGCCACUUCAUCGUGCUGCGUGGCUACAACCGCGCCGCCGGCUGCAUCUUCUACAACAACCCUGCCUAUGCCGACCGAAUGUGCACCACCAGCAUUAGCAACUUCGAGGAGGCCAGGACCAGCUACGGCACGGACGAGGACAUCCUCUUUGUCUACUUGGACAGCUGACAGCGGGAGCCCGCGGUGUCCCGGCCCUCAGACGCCAUGCAGGAUCCCCGGACCCAGGUCUGGGCUGUGGGGACUGGCGGAUGCUUCUCCAUCGGCUCCGGGACACUCCGGGAAGUGGCACCAACGUCCAGUGUCGCGGUGCUGUUUACCCGGAAUGCCUGCUGGGUGCCGGGGGUGUCUGAGAGCCGAUGCCAGGGCGCGGGGCACGGCCCGAGCCGGCUUCCCCACCAGACCUCGGGCCCUGAGCCCUGGAGGGGGAAGUUGCCGGAGCUGACCCUGCUCAUCAGGAUGGCAUCUGGGGAGCCAGAGGUGGCGUGGCCUACCCCAGGCCCCUGGGGCUGUGACCGCUCUGGGCCUCUCCCCUGGAUGGGCUGUAGAAGCCCCCACACCCCCUUGUGGCAUGCCACUGCCACCACCGCCCAGCUCCCAGGAGACCACGUUCCAGUGGACCUGGCACCGGUGGAGACGCCUCACAGCCCCGUGCCCCAGUGAGCCCAGGCUCAGGGCCAAAAAGACUAGAACUCCCAACCCUCCAGGUCCUCCAGCUCCACAGGACGGGCAUGACUGCCACCAGCACAGCACAGGGGAGUCAGGAACCGCUGCCUGGGUCCCCAAGGGGUGGGCUGCCUGGUGUCAGCUUAAGCACCCCCAGCCGGGCCAGGCCUCGGACCCCCGAGGUGGGGGGGCUGGAAGCUUGUGCUUCUGAAGCGGGGUGCAGGGGCCCGGCUUCACGGCACGACCCUUUGGCACCGAACGUUGGGUCUCUGACAUCUUGAACAGAGCAUGGCAAAUAGCAUAGACUGGAGCUGUUUUCCUCUCUUGCUCGCUCUCUCUUUGGUUUGCGUUUUUGAGAUUUUAAGUUUUCACUUUUGGGGAAUGAGAAUCGCCUUCGACUAAGACAGUAA